UGUCAAUAAGUCAUUCAAACAAAAUGGCUGACGUUUAAUUCAAUUAAUAAUCGACAAUAUUAAUUGUGUCGAUUGGCGUGAUUAUUGAUUUCUAAGAAUGCAUUUUUGAUAAAAACGAAAAGAAUACAUAUUUUAAAACCAUUUAAUUGUUUAUAUAAGUAUUCAAUUUUGUACAUCAUGUCGUGGCCUGUGAAUUCUGGUCCAUGGACUCCCGGCAUUGCUGUGACCCAGGAUAUGAACAUGGGGUCCUAUACUGCAGAUCAAUGGACUGCAAUGCAACAACAGAAUUGGCAGCAAUGGGCGCAAUGGCAACAGCAAUACGCUCAGUGGCAGAGUCAGUAUGGAGAAAAGUAUGCUCAACAAAUGCAAGCCAUGCAGGUAAUGGGUGGUGGUGGCGGGUUGAUUGGCAUUCCUCCGCUGCCGGCCGCGGGUCCCCCGCCCGCGCCUCCUCCGCCCGACAAUCCCCCUCCGCCGCCCCCACAUGAAAACAACCAGCCACUUUAUAGCCAAAACAACACUACACAGCCGGUACCAGUGCCAGCACCCGGCAACAGGAAUAACACAACUACUUAUAACAACAGCACAGGUAACAAUCAAAACUGGUCCUACGAGAAAGAACAACAACAGCAACAAGCUCCUGUUAACGCUGAGGCCUUGAAGAAACUAGCCGAAGAGGAGCGCCUUUUUGAUAUUCAGUUUCAGAAAUGGGAGGAGGAGAUCGACAAGUGGAGGCGGGAGAAUGUCAACCAUCCAGACAAACAGGCCUAUGAGGAGUAUGAGGCAAAGUUCGAGUCGUGCCGGCUGCAACUCCUGGAGCGGCGAGCGCAGAUGAACCAAAAGAGAGCUAAGUUGCUCGGAGGCGCUACACCGGCUGCUGCUAACGCCACUGUCAACGCAGGUAAUAUAUCAACAGCCAUACCGCCUCCUUUACAAAACAACAGUAAUUAUAAUAUGCCUAACAAUGCUCAAUCACAGAGCUAUAACAAUAAACCCAACAAUUUCAAUAGCAAUGAUCAGACUUAUAAGGAUUAUAACAAAAACAGUGGGAUGAUCCGUCAACAGGAUCGUAGAGGGUCUAAUUAUGAAGGUUAUGACAAUUCAAAUUAUAAUAGAAGUAAAAAUGUAGAUCCUCAAGAUAGAUAUGAGUCAUAUGAGAAUAUGAAAGAUUAUUCUCAACAAGAAAAUUAUGGUGAUGACUCUAAUUCGUCGUUUCUGCCGCAAAGCACUGGUAAAGGUAUACCAGGUUUGGAUUUAGUAGCGGAAUCUGAGAAGGCUCCCCAAUUAGACGAAGAUGUCAUUGAGAUAACUUCAGAUCCAUCGCAAAAUCGAGGUGUUCCAGAUUAUUCUACAAUAUCUAAAGGUAUUAAUAAUAUACUUGGUGAUGAAAAAUUGAUGAAUAUAUUAUCCUCGAUUCGUGGUCAAGCACCGCCCGGACCACCGCCUCAAUCUCGAGAAAAUGUAGGUCAUGGUGGAACUUCUCAAAGUUACAAUAACCCACCACCAAAUAAUUGGAAUAGAAAUAAUGAUCAAAGCCAAUGGAAUAAAAAUAAUGACAAUAACCAAUGGAAUAGAAAUAAUGACAAUAACCAAUGGAACUAUAACAAUGAAUACAAUCAAUUUGACAAUAAGCAAGUUCCACCUAAUAGUCAACAACAAGAUUAUAGACAAAAUCAGAGUCAAAAUAGUAAUUAUAAAAAUUAUAAUGAUGGCCAGCAAGGAGGUCAGGACCAAUGGAAUUAUGACGAAGAGGGAAACUAUGGCCAGGAGAACUAUGGAGAUGAGGGAAAUUAUGAUGGGGAAGGAAAUUAUGGCGAUGAUGGAAAUUAUAACCAAGAUGAUGGCAGUUAUAACCAAGAUGGUAAUUACAAUCGAGACAUAAAUCAAAGAGCAGGGCCUCCGCCGAGAAGUAAUAUGCCUCCCCACAGAGGGAAUGUUCCUCCUCAAAGAGGUAACGUUCCACCUCAGAGAGGGAAUAUGAUUCCUCCACGGGGAAAUGUGCCUUCACCGGGAAAUGGCCCUGCACCUAGGCCUUUGAUGGAUAUUAAUUCUACUGUGCAUGAUAACUAUAAUAAUAUGAACCAAACGCCAGUCGUGCCCCCGCCUAGAAAACCCAUAUGGGUGGAACAGCCAUUAUUCACUCCAUCAAUUAUCGUCGAAUAUGAUCAUCAGCCACUAAGAGGGAAAGCUCGCGACUUCAUAGAACCAGUCCAUAUGUUUGAUUACAAUCACAAAUCCAAGGAUGGCGAUACGAAAAAGUGCGAUUACGAAAAGGAGGUUGACGAAAUGUAUGGUAGGAAGCCUAGGGAAGACGAUUAUGACAGAUAUCGUAGAGAUCGUGAAUAUCACAGGCAGUCGGAACGCGAAGACGACAGAUAUUCAAGGGAUCAAUCGAGACAGUUUGAAAGGCGCGCACCAAGUGAUUAUCCCACACAUGAUUACUAUAGGCAGAGACCACCUAGAGACGAUUUUAAUGAUAGGAGAUAUCCAGAGAGUAGAUUUGACGAUAGAAAACGCGAAGACAGGGAUCGGAACAGAAGAGAUGAAAUAUAUAGAGAUAGGGAAAGAGAUAGUUAUAGAGAUAGCGAAAGGGAGAGAGAAAGAGACAGAGAUAGAGAAAGGGAUAGAGGCAGAGAAAGGGAUAGGGAUAGGAAUAGAGAUUCGAGAAGAAGCAGGAGUCGCGAAAGGGAUAAUCGUAAAAGAGCACGUAGCAAAGAAAGUCCAAUAAGUUUAAUAAGCGAAGAAUCGAUUCACUCGAAGAAAUCAAAAGAUUUAGACGACAGAGACUCUAGGAAACAUAUGGUGAUGAUAGACGAUAUUUUAGAGCCGCCUGGCAGAGACAUGAGGCCAGCGAAAAUUGUCAUUAUUCUUAGAGGUCCGCCUGGAAGUGGAAAGUCAUACCUAGCCAAAUUGAUCCGAGACAGGGAAGCUGAAUUUGGGGGUACAGUGAGAAUCAUGUCGAUCGAUGACUAUUUUAUGCAAGAAGGAGAGGUCGAGGAGACUGAUCCUGCUACUGGGAAAAUUGUAAAGAAACCAUCAUUGAAGUACGAAUACGACAGUAAAUUGGAGGAGACGUACGAGAACUCUCUGAAACGUGCAUUUAAAAGGAGUUGUACUGAUGGUUACUUUUCGUUUUUAAUCUACGACGCGGUCAACGACCACCUGAAGUCCUACGCCGAUAUUUGGAACUACGCACGGCAGAAUGGCUUCCAGGUUUACGUCUGCACCAUGGAGUUGGACGCUCAUGCGUGCUACAAGAGGAACAUCCACAACCGUAGUUUGGAAGAGAUACAAGUGAUCACCUCCCGGUUUUUCCCGACGCCCUCCCACCACAUCCAACUGGACCCCACCACGUUGCUACAAAGCGCGGGAAUCACUGAAGUGCAUAUGGAGGAUGUGGAUAGCGAUGACGUUAUUAUGGAAGACGUUCAAGAUGAGGUCGAAACCGUUUUUACGUCGAAGUGGGAGAAAAUGGACGAUGCUACGCAACUAGCGCGGCUCGACGGGACCAACAAGCCGCUGCGGCCGUCGCAGAUCUCCAUGGAGGACUACCUUCAGCUAGACGACUGGCAACCUUCUAAGGCACAACCAGGAAAGAAAUCUGUACGCUGGGCGGACAUUGAAGAGAGAAGACAACAAGAGAAGAUGCGCGCGAUCGGUUUUGUCGUCGGUCAAACGGAUUGGAACCGAAUGACAGACCCGACUAUGGGAUCAAGUGCGCUUACGCAGACUAAAUAUAUAGAGCGCGUCAGGCGCACGUAGGUAGAAAUUAAUAGUGAUCUGCUUGUUUCAUUGUACAACUACGCUAUAAAUUUUAUUUUUCGCUGCGUUGUUGGACGUCGGGACACUUUUAUUUUUAACAAAAUUGUAAAUAUUUCAAAAACAACUUACCCGAUAAAAAUAAAAAUUAUAUUAAAUAAAAAUAAAAUGUGAAAUAUGACUUAAUUCUGAUAUAUGUAGAUACAUAUGUAUCGUUAAAUUAAUAAGACUUGUGUUGUUUCGUAUUUUGGUCAUUAAAUAUUGUCCCAGCAUUUUCAUUUUCAGUCAUAUAAAAGUAGUUUAAAUAUAAAUACCGUCAAAACUAAUUAAUGGUGAUAAUUUUUUAAAUAAAAUAAGUGGACCUAUAACGUAUUUAAUUUUCUUGAAUUAGUUUAGCAAAUAUUUUUCAAGUGAUUUCAUAUGAACUUACAUGGCUUAAUAAAAAUAAUUUGACAGUUGAUAAGGAAAUCCUUUAACAAGUAAAGCAGAUACAUUUUAUAUUUCUAAAUAUCUCUUAUAGCAUAUGAGUACAUUUGUCAUUUAGGAUUUACCUUUUAGGUCUUAAAUCUGUUUUACUUUUCAUAUGCUGAUUUCAUUGCUCGCCGCGCCAUAUAUUUCGCACAUCGCAAACUUGCCUGAUUGUGGCUAUUUUAAUAGGACCUAUGUGUGAAAUCAAUGGCAAAAUAUAUAGUCGAGUGUAAAUAAAAUAAAAAUACGAUGAAACAUAAUAAGAC